AUUAACUCAAUUAAAAUCAGGUGGAUGCACAAUAGUUACCAAAAUUGAAGAAGAUUGUUUAUAAAAUGUCUUCUUUUGGAUUCCUAGUUGACUGUUAUGAUUUAUGCAGUACUAUGAAGUCUUAUACAGACCGAAAAUCUUAUUGAAUUUUUAUUGCUAAUUUGAAAAUAUGGCGGUUGACUCAUUUUACAGCUUUUGUGAGCUUUGUAAAACAUUGGCUGAUGAACCAAGUUAUAAUAAUAAAACUGCUAUUAUAAAAAAGUUUAUUAUUAGUAAAAGCAGCAAAGGUAAAUAUGAUGGUGAUUUGGUAUUGUUUGCCAAGCUUCUCUUACCUGGUGUGGAGAAGAGAAUUUAUAAUUUAAAAGACAAGCAGUUGUUAAAGCAUACUUCACAAAUAUUUGAAGCUGAUCUUGAAGAAAUGAAGUUACAUCUCGAAGGCCAGGGUGUUGUUUCUAACACAAUACAAGAGUUUUUUAAUAAAAGUUGUAGCACUGUAAUCCCAUUGAAGAGAAGCAUAUUAUCACUUCAAGAGGUUGAUGGAUAUUUAGAAGAAUUAUCGAAUGUUACAAAGGAAGAGGCACAAAUCAAAGUACUUACAAAAAUUUGCAAAAGAUGCACGGCUGAAAAUUUAUGCUUCAUUAUCAAAUUAAUUAAACAUGAUUUGCGAAUGAAUACUGGCCCAAAACACUUUUUUGACGCACUUGACUCAAGUGCUUAUGCAUUAUUUCAAGCUUCAAGUGAUUUGAAAAGUGUUAUUGAAAAGUGGACACAGCUGAAUAGUGAAGAAAAACUUUCAUCUGGCACUAAAAACUUGCUAAGUAUUGAGACAAGUGUAAUGACACCAAUCAAACCUAUGCUUGCUGAUGCUUGCAAAUCUAUUGAACAAGCAAUCAAAAAAUGUCCUAACGGAAUGUACUCUGAAAUCAAGUAUGAUGGUGAACGUGUUCAGGUGCAUAAAAACGGAAACAAGUUUGAGUACUAUAGUCGAAGUCUAAAGUCAGUCCAACCUCACAAGAUUGCAGACAUCACUCAUUAUUUGCCACAAGCAUGUCCUGGUGGUGACACACUUAUUUUGGAUGGGGAGGUUCUUCUUAUGGACACAAACACAAAUAAACCAUUACCGUUUGGAACAUUGAGCAUUCACAAGAAGUCAAAGUUUGCAGAAGCAACAGUAUGUUAUGUUAUAUUCGAUAUUUUACAAUUCAACAGUGAAAGUUUAUUGAAAAGGCCACUAUGUGAGAGACGUGAGAUUUUGUGCAAGAACGUCAAAGAGAUCAAGGGUAGAAUUGUUUUUUCAGAGAUGAAAGAAAUUACAAAAAGUGAUGAGCUUCAAUGCCAAUUAAAAAAAGUGUUUAGUGAAAAUCUUGAAGGGCUUGUGAUCAAGGACAUUAAAAGUAUAUAUGAACCAGGAAAAAGACAUUGGUUAAAGAUUAAAAAAGACUAUCUUCAAGAUGGCGCAAUGGCUGACACUGCUGAUCUUGUAGUUCUUGGUGCUUAUUAUGGAACAGGAAAUAAAGGUGGUAUGAUGUCUGUAUUUCUUAUGGGUUGUUAUGAUCCCGAUCAGAAAAAGUGGUUGACAGUAGCUAAAUGUGGAAACGGUUUUGAUGAUGAUACAAUAAAAAAACUGCAGUCCUCUUUACAAAUGAAAAAAAUAUCUAAGGAUCCAGAUAAUGUACCAUCUUGGCUUAAAGUUAAUCGCUCUUUAAUUCCAGAUUUUGUUGCUGUAGACCCAAAGACUUCUCCUGUGUGGGAGAUUACAGGUGCUGAGUUUAGCCAAUCUACAACUCAUACUGCAGCAGGGAUUUCAAUUCGCUUUCCUAGAGUUACUAAGGUUAGAUCAGAUAAAAACUGGAAAAGUGCUACCAAUUUAAGUCAACUUCAGAAGUUAUACAACGAAUCAAAGAAAACUACAGAUGUAGAUUUGGCUGGCCAAAGUAGUUUCAUUCAAUCAGAAACUUUGGUAUCAGUGGAAAGUGUUUCAUCUUCAUUAACCAAUCCUCCAUCGAAGGAAUCAGAAUCAUCUCGAAAAAGAAAAACUCCUAGUGAAAGCAAUAAAAAUAUGUUAUCAAAAAAAAAGACUCCAUCCAAUGAGGAGGCUACAGUAGAGUCAGAAAAACCAGUUUGUCAGUAUGGUUCAAAUUGCUAUCGGAAAAACAAAGAACAUUUUAAAGAGUUUAGUCAUGGCUGCAGUAGUCAUGGCAGCAGUAAAACCAAAGUUGAAGAACCUAGCACUACUAAUAACAAUAAAAAAAACUUAGAAAAUAUAUUCACUGGGUUGACCUUUGUCAUUGCUGAAAAUGUUAAAGAAAGCAAAAAGUUAAGGCGAUUCAUAGUGGCAUAUGAUGGUGACAUUGCAGAAGAACAUGAAACAAAUAGUGCUGAUUAUAUUGUCUCAGAAGAAAAGAUAGAAGAUUCAGGGUUGCACGCAGUUGUUGUCAAACCUGAGUGGAUUUGGACUUGUAUAAAAAAGAAAAGAAUUGCUGACCAUGGAAGUUUUUGAA